AUGAAUUAUUUAAGAGAGUUCGGAAUCAUUGAAGAGUCUGUUCCCAAAUGUGUUCAACUUAGCGUCUCGUGCUAUCAUAACAGUGAACGCGACUUAGGUUCAGACCCAUCGACCGCACAAUGCAAUGUGUGUGACGCGACCGGCGGUGAUCUGUCCAAACGGCACUCGAUUGCCAACUCCAUCGAUGGCACUGAUUCGUGGUGGCAGAGCCCGACUCUACAGAAUGGCCGUAAAUUUGAAUGGAUCACAAUUACUGUGAAUCUCAAACAAGUCUAUCAGAUCUCUUAUGUGGUGAUCAAGUCUGCCAUAUCUCCACUUCCGGGUAAUUGGAUUCUCGAACGAUCAGUUGACGGCCAGACCUAUACUCCGUGGCAGUACUUUGCGCUCUCAGAUACUGAGUGUUGGGACACAUAUCGGGUCAGACCAACAAUUGGUAAAAUUAGAUAUCGAUCCGAUGAUGAAAUUCACACUUCGCUUAUAAACGGGAGACCCGGCACUGACGGACCCAGUGAUGCACUCAGAGACUUUACGAGAGCACAGUUUAUAAGAUUCCGUCUCCAAAAGAUCCGUACCCUUCACUCUGACCUAAUCGGAGAUCCGGACAAAGUGGACAAAUCUAUUACACGAAGAUUUUUCUAUUCUAUAAAAGACAUAUCAAUUGGCGGUCAAUGUCUAUGCAAUGGUCACGCAAGGGAUUGUAAAGCUCUGUUUGGCUCUCCAUUACCUCAAUGCCAGUGCGAGCACAACACCGGAGAAUGUCAAUGCUUUGGACACUCAGAGGAAUGUCAUUUUGACCAAAACAUUGCUGACAAGAAACUAAGUCUUUCCAAGUCUGGUGUCUACGAAGGAGGAGGUGUUUGCAGUAAAUGCCGACACCACACCAUAGGAAUCAAUUGCGAACAAUGCGAAGACGGCUUUUAUAGACCAGAAGGCGUCGCAUUGGAGGCCGAGAAUCCGUGUUCCCGGUGUCAGUGCAGUGGACCCGGAGUUUCGCAGUUUUGCGUUAAAGACGUGUUUCAUUUGAUUGAAGGCCGACGACCGGGAGAUUGUCUUUGCAAACCCGGCUUUGAGGGUAACCGAUGCGAGCGUUGCUCUCCCGGACAUAAGGACUAUCCCCGGUGUGAAGAGUGCACAUGUAUUCACGCGGGUAUUGUAAACACUGACACGUGUGACGGCCAGUGUAUAUGCAAAGAGAAUGUAAUCGGAAGUCGUUGUAACAAAUGUAAGAGCGGUCACUAUAACCUCGAUCACGACAAUCCCGACGGCUGUGCCCUUUGCUAUUGUUUUGGUGCGACCACUAAAUGCGCUUCAAGUGAUUGGGGUCUUGAGAUUGUUAGUAAUGUUAACGAUUGGAUGGUCAGUGAUCUGUCCGGACGGGUGAAAGUGACUCCGAGUAAAGAAAACGGUCACUUAGUUAUAGCCAACGAUGAAGUGCCGGCGUCUGCACAGAGAGUUUACUACUGGGAGGCGCCCAAAGACUAUUUGGGACUUGACUUAUACUCCUAUGGCAAUGAUCUCAAGUUUUUAAUCAGUUAUGUGGUCUCUAGAGGUGAUGUGUCCGGAUAUUUCACAGACGACGCCGACAUUAUUCUAGAGGGCGGACCCGACAACAUCAGGAUUGGCUAUAAAUGGCACAAACCAUCGGAAGUGGACGAAGUGAACACCACUAUAAUCAUGCCUUUAAGGGAACAAAAUUGGUUUAGAGUGGGAGAAGACGGCAAGAAAAGUGAUUCAACAGUUUCUCGAGAAGAGUUUACGUUAUUGUUAUACGAUCUCAAGAGACUACUUAUUCGGGCAAAGUUUCACACCGACCAGAUUGAGGGCGGCCUCUAUCAGGUCGAUAUGGAAAGGGCUUCCAACACAUCCAAGAGUAUUAAGAAAGCCGAGGGAACAGAAAAAUGCGAUUGUCCUCCAGGCUAUACUGGACUCUCGUGUCAAUUCUGUGCGCCUGGAUAUAGAAGAGUGAACAAUAUUCUGGUGAAUGGCAUUUGUGAGAAGUGCAACUGUAACAACCAUGCUGAGUCUUGCGAUCCAUUUACCGGCCAGUGCUCUGAAUGUUUGCAUAACACCACUGGUCCCAACUGUGGUGAAUGUAAGCACGGAUUCUAUGGUAACGCCAGGAAUGGAUUUGAAGACGACUGUAAGCCCUGCGCCUGUCCUCUGCCCAUACCUUCAAACAACUUUUCGCCGACUUGUCGUUACGAACCGAACAGUAAAUAUGGAUAUAUAUGUCUGGAAUGUCCGGAAGGAUAUACCGGUGAUCGAUGCGAACGGUGUGCCGAUGGGUAUUAUGGAAAUCCAUUGGUUCCCGGAGGAGUGUGUCUGCCUUGUGAUUGUGGACCCAAUACUAAUACAUCAAUUCCUGAUUUCUGCGAUCACUUGACCGGACAGUGCAGAUGUAUUGGAAAUACUGGCGGCUGGAAGUGUGACCAGUGUUUGCCUCAACAUUAUGGAAACGCCGCUCUUAAAGACUGUAAGGCCUGUAAUUGUAAUCCUGAGGGUUCUGAGAGUAUGGACUGUCAUCCGAUCACCGGUCAGUGUCAGUGUAGACCAAACUGGACGGGUCUUCGCUGCGACCGUUGCGCUCCCGGUUAUGGAAAUAUAGAGCAAAAGUGUUUGGCCUGUGAUUGCGAUUUGGUUGGCUCUACAUCUCCUAAUUGUGAUGAGACAACUGGUCAGUGCCCGUGCAGGCCCGGAGUGUUUGGUCAACACUGUAAGGAGUGUUUGGACGGAUAUUUCGGUUUCUCUGAGAAGGGCUGUCAGCCCUGCAAAUGCGACCAAAACGGCUCCGAAGGACCCGAAUGUAAUCCAUUAACAGGUCAAUGCAAAUGCAAGCCUUUUGUAAUCGGCAGAGACUGUAGUCAUUGUGAGCCGGGAUAUUGGAAUAUAGUGUCGGGCACUGGCUGUGAGCCAUGCAAUUGCAACUUCACCGGUUCAGUAUCUCAAGUGUGCGAUGAAGUGUACGGUCAGUGCGAUUGUAAGCCAGGCGUUGGCGGUAAACAUUGCGAUCGUUGUCUUCCCGGAUAUUACGGAUUUUCGGCAUUUGGUUGCAGUCAAUGCGAUCCGUGUACAGCACCCGGACAUAUAUGCGACCCCAAAACGGGCCGUUGUGUUUGUCCGCCCAACACUGCGGGUCCCACGUGUCGGGAUUGCGCUCCGGGCACCUGGGGUUUCGAUGUUCUCACCGGUUGUUCUCCUUGUGAUUGUAAUCUUCAGGGAAGUCUCAACAAUGAAUGCGAUCACAAAACCGGUGAUUGUGUUUGUUUGGAAGGAUUUGAAGGCCGUCACUGCGAUAAAUGUCAGUUUGGUUACUAUCGGUUCCCGAAUUGUCGUCGAUGUGAUUGUCACGAACCGGGAACGGCUGUCGACCAGUGCCGGGAGGACGGCAGGUGUCAGUGCGAUGAGACGGGUCAGUGUCCGUGUCGGUCCAAUGUUGAGGGCAGGCGUUGUGACCGCUGUAAAGAGGGUACAUUUGCUUUAUCGGCGGACAAUCCUUUGGGUUGUUUUGAGUGCUUUUGUUUUGGAAAGGCCUCCAAAUGCGAGCAGUCGUCUAUGGUUUGGACACAAAUCUUAAUACCGCAGAGAGAAGUGGCCUUUGAGAUCGGAAACACAGAUAUUAAGACUUUCCACACAUUUAAACUAAUACCAGAGACGGGAGAGACUAUUGGCGUCCGAUAUAUUGUAGAUCAGCCCUACUAUUGGGCGCUACCGAAAGAAACGCUUAACGAUCAGGUGUUGAGUUAUAACGGAUUCAUUCGUUUCCGUCUCUACAGUCGUACCGGAAGUCGUUUCCCAGAGAAUAUGUUGAAGAGAUUUCCGUUAAUUAUACUUCAGGGCAAUCAUCGACUUGUGCUCUCCCAUUCGGGGCCGGAGUACGAGAGCACUCCAUCGGUCACAGGUCUCCAUCAGGUGAGGCUUCACGAGUCGGAAUGGGUUCAGUUGGAAAACCCUCAGAUACCGGUCACGCGGGCUAUGCUUAUGGUCGCCCUCCAGAAGGUUCAGUACAUAUUGAUCCGCGCGAGUGAAGGCGCGGACGUGAAACUCGUCAGAAUUACCGACCUAUCAGUCGAUACGGCUAAAGGUGUCGCUCCGGCCACCAAUACAGCCAUAGGUGUGGAACAGUGUCGGUGUCCGCCUCAAUACACAGAGGCCUCGUGUCAGGACCCGAAUGUCGGUUAUUAUAGGAAACGCAAACCCAAUUAUCUGGAUUCAAAGGACAUACUGGAUCUGGUGGGUUGGGCUGAGCCGUGUCCCUGUCAUAACAUGAGCCGCACGUGCGAUAAGGAGACGGGAAUUUGUACUAAUUGUGGGGGUUUUACUACCGGUCCGUAUUGUAAUCUAUGCUUAAAGGGAUAUUACGGCGAUCCGACCCGAGGCAUACCGUGUCGUCCCUGUGCCUGUCCUACGGUCACCAAUUCAUUUAGCGAUACGUGCGAACUCAGGGGCACUAAUGACUGGAUCUGCACCAACUGUACUGAAGGUUAUACCGGAGUUCACUGCGAAAUCUGCGCCGACGGGUAUUGGGGUAACCCUAUGGGUCCGCGAGGGGUGUGUUCGCCCUGUAAUUGCAGUCCUUAUGGUUCAAAGGAUAACAUCUGUGACAAAGUGACCGGACAGUGCCGGUGCAAAGAGGGAAUAACUGGAUUAAAGUGCGACAACUGUCCGCCCAGACAUAUAAUCACAGACGACGGUUGUCUUGAUUGUAACGACGAGUGCACGGGUCUACUCCUCGAUGACGUCGAGUUCCUGCAGGUGUUGGUAGAGGAGGCAAACCUGACAGACGUCGGGAACCUUCCGUGGACUCGAUUAUUGCAUUUGACCAACAAAUUCACAAAAUUGAUUAAAAAUAUGAAUGAUUAUCAAUACCUCGUAUCUCAGGGACACCAGAUUGUCGGCAAUUACACCGUCAGCUUUGAUCUCGAGACGUGGGCUGACAUACUAUACCUGAAGUCACGUGAAUUGAGUAAUAGGGGACCCAUUCUGGCCAAAGAGGCUGAGGGUGUGAAGAAUGAGGCACAGAGUCUACUCGAUUUGCUCAAUGAUUUGUGGGAAAAGAUCAUUGAAAUUGUCAAUCAAUUGCGUAGACAUGGAGUGGACUCUCACGACCCGAUCGGACACAUAUCGGACCGUAUGCUUCAGGAGGCGGAACGCAUACUAAGGGAAUUACAGGCCAGAGAUUUCAGACCGCGUAUUGAAGAAUCGGACAGAGAGUUACGCAAAGCGAAGAACCUAUUGGAUAGAGUUAGGCAACUGUUGACAGAUCGAAAACACACGGGUCCUCUCAAAGAACGAUUGGAUCGUUUGGCGGAACUGCUCAGAGAUAUUCUGUCGAUCGUUCAAAACAAGAUUCAACCGCCUAUACAAACGGCCACUAAAUUGGUUCAGGAGUCGCGACCCAUACAAGCGUUUAUCGCCGACGCGAUCGCCAACAGCACAAAACACGCGGAUGUGGCCAACGCUACGCUCACCGAAGCCCACAUCCUAUUAGAGGCCGCGAAGAGCGCUCUCAUAGAAGCGGCGGUUACUUACGAUAUAUUGCCGCGACUUUUGAUCGAAGUCGACAACGGGACACAACUUGUAGAGGAGAGGCGCGGCAUUUUGGCCCGACUUAACCCCGAAUAUACCGACAAAUACGUGAUUCCGUGUCAGAAACACGCCGAAGAGCUCCUGAGACAAGUGAACUUUUUGAACGGACUCUUCAAUUCGACCCGAGAUGUGGCCGAAUAUCCUUUGAAAGCGGCGAAAGUGUAUCAAAGAAUAAUAGAGGCGUUGGCGGCGGCGGAGAUCGCGGCCAAUCAGGCCUAUGCGGCCGCAGAGCGAGCCUAUAAGGAGGCCUAUCCCGGAACUGACGACGCGCUCACUCUUAGUGCCCGAAAAGCGAAACAAAGGAGUGAAGAGCUUCUCCAACAGGCAAAGGAUAUCAGAGACAAUCGCGUCCCAGAAUUGGAGAGAGAAUUGGCGAAGAAGAGAAUGCGUUUGGAUGUGAUCUCUGAUGACUUAAUAAACGGCAAACGAAACCUCGAUCUCAUUAACCGGGCUUUGGAUGGAUUGCCAAAAGAUCUGUCGGGUAUUCUUCGAGGAGUUGAGUCCAAAUUGCGAAAUAUUUUGGACGGACUCGAAGACAUGCACCGAAGAAUCGAUGACAUCGACAGACGAAUCGCCGCUGAAUUGUUGCCAAAACUGAAUCGUCUGAAAGCGGGCACGACUUCCGGUUUGGAUAACUUGACUAAAAUCAUAGAACAGGCGAGAAGUGAUAUCAGGGACUCAUCACGUCUGGCAGAUAAAGCACAAGAGAUCGCCGAAAGAGUGAAUCGACUGCACAAUCAAAUGGAGCUCAAUAUGAAGGAACUGAAGGACAGAAUACUAUUGGCGCGACAGAAGGCCGCCAGCAUUCGUGUCUCUCUCGGCACCGACAGGAGUGGUGUCUGCGCCCGAUCUUACGAGCCUCAGAUCGAGCCCUCCGUUUCCAAUAACAUUAUUCUCAAUUAUGCCAUUAAAGACGAGGCCAGAGAUUGUCUUCUGUUUUUCAUCGGAAGCCGAAGAACUGAAGACUUUAUGGCUAUAGAAAUGGUGGACCGAAAGAUACGGUUCAUAUGGAACGCCGGCGGCGGCACUAAGAUGUUGGCCCACAGUCUCAACAUUGAGACCAAUGAUCAACAAUUGCUUAAAGACGGCCAAUGGUAUAAGAUAGAGGUUAAUCGCAUCAGAAAUAUAGCCACUCUUACCGUUAAACGUAUUCCCGACGCCAACAAAGCGGAUCCGUUUGAGAUAUCGGACUCUUCGCCGGAGGGCUUCAAUCGCAUGGAAUUGAAUCGCGAUUCGUAUUUCUUUGUUGGAGAAGUGCCGCCAGAUUUCAGAAUUCCUCGUGAGUUGAGAUCGCGUUCGUUCGCCGGAUGUCUCUAUGAACUCAAUUUAGACGGAAAAGCUGUCGGUCUCUGGAAUUUCACCACAAAUAAGGGUUGCGAGGGAUGUAAAGAAGGGGCGACAGAACCCAAAGACUUGAGUACUUUUCUAUUCAAAGGAGAGGACUCUUAUGUAGUACUCAAUCAAAUUAAACGAUACGAUAAGAAGAAGUAUUUAGUGUCGCUUCAAUUCAAGACCUUCGACGAGGAGGCGCUGCUCUUCUUCACAGCCAAUCCAUCGACCGGUGAUUUUAUAGCAAUAUAUUUAAAAGAAGGCAAAGUUAUAUAUCAGGUGAAUGUCGGCAAUUCUGUGCGACUAUUACUGCCCACGAAAUUGAAGUACAAUACCGGACAAUGGGUUCGACUGAACGCCGAACGCGAGAAACUGGAAGGCGUGCUAACAGUUCAGGACGAGACACUUGAGGGACGACUACCGCCGGCCAGUCAAGUGAACCUCGAACUCGGCGAUAGUGAGCUAUACUUCGGUGGCAUUACUCCCAACUUCACGGCCUAUCACUGGCCGAGUGUUGUGUUUAAGCCAUUCCUCGGUUGUAUGAAAGACCCGCAAAUAGACACAACUCCUGUCAAUCUGUUGCAAAGGGAGGCGUUUGGUGUGGAGAGCGGGUGUCGGGAGAAGACACUGAAAGUGGUCAACUUUAAAGGUUCCGGUUAUUUGCAACUCAACAGCGAACCACUUAAAGAAGACGCGGACUUCAGUUUUACAUUUAAAACUAACCAAAACGAAGCGCUAUUAUUGUUGUCUACAUUUGAAGGCACUAAAGGACCCCGAGCUCGCGAUUCGCAUUACUACUCCCUAUCCAUCGUAAGCGGUGUUCUUGAGGCCAGAUUUAAUGGAGGCGUUGGUGAGACCAUAUUGAAUACGGAACUAAUGGCUGUGAACGACGGCGCAUACCAUACCGUUUCCGUUUCCAAGAAAGUUAGAAAAAUAAUGUUAUCGCUUGACGACAAAGAGAUCGGUACGACACGACUGGCCCGCGGCACCAAAGACAUAGACGCGCCCACCGCUGGCGGCUUGUAUUUGGGAGGUUUACCCGAAGGAAUGUCAUUGAAGGGAAUGGCGGGCACUAAGGAUUCACUAAAGGGUGUCAUUAGGGAUGCCAUAUUCAAUGGAAAGCUAUUAAAACUAAAUGAGCCAGUUAGUUUUGAAGGUGUGGGCAUCGGCCGGGAGAGCGAUGCGUUGAAUAGUAUUAUUAAUGGUUUUGAUUUGGAUGAGCGGAUGGAGCGGAUGAUGCCUUCGUUGCCGAUCUACGAGACGUGUGCAGCGAUGCCUCAGUACUCGUUGGAGACCAGAGCCGUUGAGAUCGGCGAUGCCUUACACUCGCAUAUCAUACUUAAUCGACACAAUACGGACUUUUCGCUGGACUUUAAUCUAAUGUUUGAGUUCAGAAGCUAUUAUCCGAAUGGACUGAUUGUGUUGAUUAGGGGCCACAACAAUAAGAUUAGGUUUCAGUUGACGUUAGCUCUGAGGGGCGGUUAUGUAGUCGCAGACCUUUCCGAGAAGAAACAGACGGAACUCAUUAGUAGUAAUAAAGAGCCGCUUAAUGACGGCCAUUGGCAUAACGUAACGCUCGCUAAAGUAGCCAAAAGUUUUUCAUUAAAAGUAGAUAAUAAUACGUUAGUCGAGUCGACAAAAGUGAGGAAAAAGAUACUUCUUAGAAGUCCCAUAUAUAUCGGAGGCGUUCCCGAGAGUCUCAAUGAAAUCAAUAAUAACAACGAAUUAAAUAUAAUGAGAGAAAGUUUCAAAGGAUGUCUCAAGAAUUUUCACAUUAAUAACAAUUAUGUGGAUUUGGCCUCAGGUUUGAUGUAUAACGUUAGCGAAUGCUUCACUCGCAUCGAAAAGGGGGCAUAUUUUGCGGGCGACGGCUUCGCUAUAUUUGACGAAAAGUUUAAUUUGGGAUUUAAGGCAGACAUUGAACUGGAAUUUAAAACAACGCGUUUGAAUGGAAUCCUAUUAAGCGUAAGCAACGGCACUACCAGUGAUAAAGUGCCGGCGCUUUCAAUUGAACUGUUCAAUGGAGAUAUCAUCGCAUCGGUUGACAUCAGCGACGGUCCCAUCAGAGCUGUGAAAAAGUUUGAUUCAAAGUACGAUAUGUGUGACGGAAAGUGGCAUUUGAUUAAAGUGUUGUACACCAAGAACUCAAUAUCGCUCAAAGUGGACAGAUAUGAAGUCUCUUAUGGUCUCAAUGAAAAUGAACAGAAAAAGGUGGAGCCCUUCACGUCAGCGCCGCUUUAUAUCGGAGGACUGCCCGAUUUUGCGAUGAAUAGCGUUUUGCUACAAAGGGAUCAUUUUGUGGGUUGUCUUCGAAACGUUGCCAUUAAUGACAAGAGAAAGGAUUGGAUUUCAGAUAUGAAACUCUUCAGCGUUUUACCCAAUUCUUGUCCAACCAAUUAAUCUAAUGCAACACUACCUCAACGUUUCAG